CCUUGGCAUCCGGUCCCAGGAGGGUGAUGCUUGAGGACCCAGACAGGUGAAUCCCAGAGCCCACCUCAGGGAGGUCCUGGCUUCAAUGUCAAGAAAACCAUGAUACAACGCAACUGGAGAUAAGAGGAAACUGGAGUCCACCUUAGAUCCUUCCGCACAGGAAUUUGUACAACCACAGGGAAAGCAACUCAGGCCAGCUUGCAGCUAUCACGAAGGGAUCCCAUAUCCAGCCCGGGAUGAUAUUGUCCCUUGCCUCUCAAGGAGCAUGUCAUCCCUGUUCUUGAGGAGCACCAAAAGCCUGGUGAGAGAGCUGGGCAGGAAGGGUGAGCUGGUGCCGGUAGACAGCCUGAACAGUUCACAGCGCCUGCGCCCCUUCUGCCUGGUGAGGAAGAAGCACAAGCAUUCCCUCUGGCCUUGGGACACACCCCUCAUCCCCACAGACUUCUCCCUGCUGGAUGUGCUGGAGCCUGGCUGCCCUGACCCAGAGGUGAACCACAGCAAGCCCAUCUAUUCCUGGGAGAAGGAGGCAGGGGGAUUGACAGGAGCUGUGAGCGUGAGCGCUGGGCUUCAGAGCCAGGUGACUGGAAGCGGCACGACCACCUGCCUCUCUGCCUUGGCGGUGCAGACACUCUGGGUCUCCCCGUUUACCUGGGAGAUGCUGCUUGAGAAGAGGAAACUGAGGUCGCCUAGGCCCUCGUUCCUCCAGGAACUACAGAGCCGGAAGGAGAGGGAGAGCCUAUAUGUGGUGACCGAGGCUGUGGAGACCCUGCAAGAUACCAUACUUCAGAGCCACGACCAAAUGCGAGGAGCCGGACAGCUGUCCCUCCUACAGCUGGGCCAUGUUCAGGUCCAGGGACAGAGCCAUGUGGACACAGAGAAGAUGGUGAGCAUCCCACAGGGCAGUGUUCUGGCCUACAGGGUUCUGCAGCUAGUGGUGGAAGAAGAUGGCUGGGCCAUCCUUUACUUCCCUGAAAGAACGCUCUGCAGGAACGCCAGAGUAGCUAUAGCCUUCAGCCAGGAAUCAGGAGAAGAGUCUAACUUCUACAGCUUGCGGGACCAAGCAGAUAGCCAGUUGCAGGACCUGGUCACAUUGUCCUCAGAGCGACGGGCCACAUUGCUUGGUGCCCUCCAGGAGCUACUACGGGAUCAGCAGGCACUCCAGGAGCUAGAGGAUACGCUGGAACAGGCUCUGGACACAGGGCCGCUGGCACAGCUGGAGGGCCCUGGAGGCUGUGUCUUAUGCAUCCUCCAAGACUCUACAAGCAACUUGUCAUGCUCGAAAGGCAGGGCUAUCCUCUAUAUUCUUGGAGCCCUAGCAGCACUGAGUGAACCCCAGCAUUGCCUGUUGGCCCAGUCCAUAGAGAGACAAAUCCUAUCUGAGGAACUGGAGCUGGCACAAGAACUUUGUAAAAUUAUAUGUGACAUGCUUACAAGAGUGCUGUUAUUGUAUGGUGGCAAGGUGAGACCACAGGGAGAAGUAGCUCUUCAGGGUAACACAGGACAAGCUGUCCUGCCUUGCGUUUCCUGCAUUGGCCUCCUUUGUUCCAUCUGUCACAUGACAAAACAGAACAAGCUGCUCAGGUUCCAGCCCAUUGUACCAAUGACUAUACAAUGUCAGAGCAUGGGAUCGAGUCAGUUGAAUAAAUAAGACCAGGCUCUUCCCAGUCUUCCUUGUUAA